AUAAAUUAGACAAAGUUUUAACUGAAUUACAAACCACUAGUUCGCGUAUGGCCGUUAUUCAAGAAAAGAAAAAAUUGCUGGGCAUUAUCACGCUCCAAGAUGUUUUGAGUGCUUUAGUAGGAAAAAUAAGAGAUGAAAAGGAAAUUUUAUUACUUCCUG